AUGUCGGUUUGGUCAGCCAGUACAGUUGGAAAUAAUUACUAUUGCGCGCAUCCAGGCAGUCGCGACGGUCAUUCUAAUAACUGGUGCCCAAAUUUCACUAAGCACCAGUGUGUAAUGUCGGGCGAAACACCAAUUCAGACGGACGAUGCUCUACACACUCCGGCGUACCUGUCCUGGAGGAAGCUACAACUCAGCCGCGCUAAGCUCAAAGCCUCCAGUAAAACAUCUGCCUUGCUGUCGGGAUUUGCUAUGGUAGCUAUGGUUGAGGUGCAGUUGAAUCCACCGAGUGACACGAGAGUCCCUCCUGCCAUGCUGGUCGCUUUCACAGUGUGUACAACAUUACUCGUAGCUGUGCAUAUGCUAGCGCUCAUGAUUAGCACCUGCAUUUUACCGAACAUCGAGGCGAUAGGUAACCUACACAGCAUAUCACUAGUACACGAAUCGCCGCAUGAGCGAUUGCAUUGGUACAUUGAAGUCGCUUGGGCCUUUUCGACGUUACUUGGUCUCAUUUUGUUCCUGGUCGAAAUCGCUAUACUCUGCUGGGUCAAGUUCUACGACUUAAGUGAAACAGCCGCUUGGUCUGCUUGCGUAGUUCUUAUACCAGUAAUGAUUAUCUUCCUGGCUUUUGCAAUUCAUUUUUAUAUGUCAUUAGCGACGCACAAAUACGAGGUAACGGUCACUGGUAUAAAGGAGCUUGAACUGCUCAAAGAACAGAUUGAGAAGGGUGAUCAUGACGGUCGGAUGAACAAUCUUACCUUACUAGAUCAAGGUAGAGUAGUUUGA